GUGUAGCUAAACUCUAACCGGCUUCUUCAGUCAGUUUAAAUUAUUAAGAUUUGUUGUGUUUUACGACCGGUAUUUUAACAAAUAUGCCUUUCCAGUAUCCAAACGUGUACCGGGAUGAAGCUGUGGUGGAUGAGUACCAUGGGCAGAAGGUUCCUGACCCAUACAGCUGGCUGGAGGAUCCAGAUAGUGAAAAAUCACAGGCAUUUGUGAAUGCUCAGAAUCAGCUGACAUUGCCUUUUCUGGAAGAGUGUCCCGUUCGAGAGGUCUUUAAAGAGCGCAUGACAGAGCUCUAUGAUUACCCCAAAUAUAGCUGCCCUUUUAAACGAGGCAAAAGGUAUUUUCACUUCUAUAACACAGGCCUGCAGAACCAAAGUGUUCUUUAUGUUCAGGAGAACCUUAAAGCGGAACCAAAAUUGUUUCUUGACCCGAACACUUUCUCGGAUGAUGGAACUGUAGCUUUGCAAGGUUAUACCUUCUCGGAGGAUGGCGAGUACAUGGCGUAUGGUGUUAGCGCGAGUGGCUCUGACUGGGUGGAGAUCCGGUUCCUGCGAGUGGACGGAGCCGUUGCUCUGGAUGACCGGCUUGAAAGAGUCAAGUUCAGCUGCAUGGCCUGGACGCACGAUGGAAAAGGGUUGUUCUACAAUUCUUAUCCAGAGCAGGAGGGCAAGAGUGAUGGUACAGAGACGUCUACCAACCUGAAUCAGAAGCUGUACUAUCAUGUGUUAGGCACACCACAGUCUCAGGAUGUACUGUGUGCUGAAUUCCUUGAGGAGCCCAAGUGGAUGAGUGGUGCUGAGGUGUCAGACGAUGGCCGCUAUAUAUUGCUGUCUAUCAGAGAAGGCUGUGACCCAGUGAACCGGUUAUGGUAUUGUGACCUCAACACUAUUCAAAAUGGUAUUACAGGACUGUUGCCAUGGGUGAAGCUGGUUGACAACUUUGACGCAGAGUACGAAUACGUAACGAACGAAGGCUCUGUGUUUACGUUCAAAACGAAUCUGGAUGCCCCUCGCUACCGCCUCAUCAACAUAGACUUUGCCCAGCCAUCACCCAGCCAAUGGAAGGAGCUCAUUCCUCAGCAUGACAAAGACGUCUUAGAGUUUGCCACCUGCACGCACUCCACUUCUAUAUUUGUGUGUUACCUCCAUGAUGUAAAGAACGUUUUGAAGAUGUUCCGUCUGGAGUCAGGGGAGGAGCUGAAGACCUUUCCGCUGGACGUGGGAUCCAUUGUAGGCUUCACUGGUCGCAAGAAGGACUCUGAAAUCUUCUACUAUUUCACCUCUUUUCUCUCUCCAGCAAUCAUCUACCACUGUGAUCUGACUAAAACUCCUCUACAGCCACACGUCUUCAGAGAGGUUAAAGUGAAGGGCUUCGACGCUGCAGACUACCAGACCUCACAGGUCUUUUACCCCAGUAAAGAUGGCACUCAGAUCCCCAUGUUUAUUGUGCAUAAGAAGGGAAUUCAGCUAGAUGGCUCCCAUCCAGCCUUUCUCUACGGCUAUGGCGGAUUCAACAUUUCCAUAACACCCAGCUAUAGCGUUUCCAGGCUCAUGUUUGUGCGUCAUCUGGGAGGAGUUUUAGCCGUAGCCAACAUCAGAGGAGGAGGAGAGUAUGGAGAAACAUGGCACAAAGGGGGGAUGUUGGAGAACAAGCAGAACUGUUUCACGGAUUUCCAGUGUGCAGCAGAGUAUCUGAUAAAGGAGGGCUAUACCUCACCGAAAAAACUCACCAUCAAUGGAGGCUCCAAUGGAGGCCUGCUCGUGGCGGCAUGUGUAAAUCAGAGGCCUGAUCUGUUUGGCUGUGCUGUUGCUCAGGUUGGUGUGAUGGACAUGCUUAAGUUCCAUAAGUUUACCAUAGGCCACGCCUGGACUACUGACUUUGGUUGCUCUGAAAAUAAAGAGCAGUUCGGCUGUCUAAUCGAGUACUCUCCUCUUCACAAUAUCCGGAUCCCAGAGGGCAACGGCGUCCAGUACCCGGCUGUGUUGUUGUUAACCGGUGACCAUGACGACCGCGUGGUGCCUCUGCACUCUCUGAAGUACAUAGCCACCCUGCAGCACGUUAUUGGUCGCUGGCCUGGCCAGUCCAACCCACUGUUUAUUUACGUGGACACAAAGUCUGGGCACGGUGCCGGUAAGCCCACCAGCAAGGUGAUCCAGGAGGUGUCUGACACCUACGCCUUCAUCGCCCGCUGCCUGGAUCUCAGCUGGGUCGAUUAACGAAAACACAGAAGACGCUGAUCCAGGGACAUAAUUGCUGCUUUUCAUUUCAGUUUCCCCCUCACUUUCAGCCUUUCUUUCUCUUUUUCUUUUUUUGUCCGAUUUCACCCUUCCCUUGUCCCCUGCUAAGAUUCCUUGAUCCACCUUCUUUUAUUUCUUUGUGCUUUUUGGCUUUUCUCUGUCACUACUUCUCAUAUUUAUAUUCUUUCCAUCUUUCUCUUAUUCUCUCUCUUUCUCUCACUCCCUUUUACUUUCUGUUCCUCCUUCAUCUGUGCUCUCUUUUCCUUUUCUCUGUUUCUUCUUCCAGGCAUUAGUUCCACUGUUCCUCCUCCAUCCCGAGUUACAUUUCUUCAUACGUCAAGUAUACAGCAGCUGAGAGACAGACAGAGAGAUUGGUUAGGUGGUGUUAUUUUUUUAUACAUUUCAUAUCAUUAAUAACAUCAUCCAGGAUUCUACCUGAAAUCUUACAGCUAUAAUGUCUUUAGGCCACUUUGUACAGACUGGUAAUUUUAUUCCUAGCUUUAUAAAGUCAGUCAGAUCAUCUUUAAUUACAGAUUAAUUUGACCGGAUGGACGUGUUAGUUAUAUGUUCACAUGCUACCUCCAAAUGUAUGCAGUUGUGUUUUUAUCUUUAAAAGGGAAAAAACACCAAUAAGAUGAAACAGAACACAUGUAUAAUAAACAGGAUGUCUUUUGGAAUCCAUGUGAUUGAUGUGUUAUUUUUGUAAAAAUGUAUGUGCAGGUUGUCAUGUCCUGCGAUUUUGAAAAAGAUGAAACAGCUGACUGUUUCUGGGGUCAGGUUCGAAUCUCAGCGAUGCUAUUGGCCGGCCGGACGUCUACACAGACAUUAUUGGCUAUGUCUAAGUGGAGCUGUCCAAACCCUGGGAUGGAUUGCUUCCCUGUCCAGGGUAUUUCAGCCCUGCGUGCUCAGUGUUACCUGCCAUGACCUUCACUAGUUUAAAAUAAAAAAUAUU